AAAGAUUGGCGAUUCUGUGGCGCAGUUUUGACGAGCCGAGGCUGAGUAAAAAGACUGAGAUUAAAUGACGAUCCUAGUGGAUUUACAGCCGACGUGGAAAGCGAUGUUGGAGAUCCCUUCGUUGUGGAGGAGAGGAGACCCAGAGGAUCCUCAGAGGCGGGGUGCUCUGCCAUCCCCAAGCCAAACAAACCUACCGCAGAAUCCCGGCUGCCGAGGGGCGGAACUGGAGUCAUGCAGGUCCUGUGGCUUUCGGGCUCUCUACUUUCAUUCAAAGCUCAGUCUCGGACCCUGGGCCUGCCUUUCCCCUCUGACCCGAAUAACUUUCCGAGACCCUAGUGGUGCAGACCGCAGUUGAUGAAAGCUAAGCCAUGUUGCACACCACACCGUGCGUCCGUGUCUUGCCUGCGAAGAUGCUGGAAACAGUUUACCAGAAAAGAUCUUCUGCUUUUUUUAAAAAAAUCUUCAAGGAGCACCUUGUUCCAGAUUACAGAAUCGCGAUAGGUGAUGGGAGAGGAAUCCCGUCCUAAAUUCAACCAGUCUUCACCUCUACUGAAUGAUUUAGCAGACAGGACUCUCAGUAAGAUCGAACCUAGGGCCUACUAGCAUGUAGCCAAGGGCUCUCCCACUGAGUUGCACACCUAGCUCCUUGCUCAUCCAUUGCUUCUGCCUCCAGCGAUGUUUUUAGGGUUCCGUCCCAAGUCUUAGGCACUCCUCCAGUCCUGACUGUUCCCCAACCCCUCCCUGUACCGCCCACCCAUUCCAAACUUGCCUUCAUCCCCUGUAUCGGACCUUGUUCCGCCUAAGCUAGGCUUUACAGGUCAAGUCACGAUUUCUCGGCUUGCUGCUGUUAGCUUUCCCCAGCCUUCUUAGCAUCCGAUCUGCUCCCAGCCUGGUCUCUGCCUUGGUCACGUCCCUAAACCUCUUCCAAGUACUGCCUUCUGAGCACGCCACUAGUCCCUUGACUCUGCGCGCCCCUUAGUCUCUUUCUGCUGAAGCUACGCCUUCCUGUUGUGCCUGACUGCCUCCUGCCGCUCCUCUGCCCCUGGCUACACCGGUCCACUCGGUCGAGGCUUUUCACUCCCGAAACAUACCCCCACCCCUGUCUCUCGCGCGGCUGUCUCUGUCUCCCUUCCUCACCCCUACCCUAAAGCCCGCCUUCGGGGUUUCCUCAGCCCCGCCCCCUGGGCCUGGCCACGCCCCAGAGUCACACCCCUCCGGCCAGAGCCUCGUCUUCUAGGCCAGCCGCUUUCAGAACCUCGUCUGCUGGCCUCGGCUCGCCACGUCUCCUGGCUCUGGCUACGCCCUGAGCCCCCCUCCUUGCCGGAGCCACGCCUACUGGGUGGCCCCCUGGACCCCUCUGGGUUUGCUGCUUGUUUUUAGCGACACUUCCUUGCCACGCCCCCGAGACGCCACGAGCCCAAGCCCGCCUUCUGGGUUUGCUGUCCGCCUUCCAUCCUGGCUCUAGCCACGCCUCGUGCCCCCCCCUCCUCACCCAAGCCACACCUCGGUUUGCCUCCCCCUCAGCCUCACCGCUGCUCAAGUCUGGCCUAUUCAGUCUCCAGUCCCUGCCUACCACCGGUCUUCCAGCCGGGCGGCCCAGUCCAGCCUUUUCCCUAGGAAAGGAAAGUAGUGCUCCUCUGCAGGCAUCCGAAAGUCGCACCGGUUUGGCCAGUCGGGCCACCUCAGCGCCCUCAGGGGAGCGCGGGCCUCGCCGCCACCGGAAACGGAAGCGCAGGACAGCAGGACCAUGGCGACGCUGUUUGACCUCCCAGACUUGGUGCUCUUGGAGAUCUUCUCAUACCUCCCGGUCCGGGACCGGAUCCGCAUCUCCAGGGUCUGUCACCGCUGGAAGAAGCUAGUGGAUGACCGGUGGUUGUGGCGACAUGUCGACCUGACGCUCUACACGAUGCGUCCGAAAGUCAUGUGGCAUCUUCUGCGCCGAUACAUGGCUUCCAGGCUCCACUCGCUGCGCAUGGGUGGCUACCUGUUCUCUGGCUCUCAGGCCCCACAGCUGUCCCCUGCCUUGAUGCGGGCCCUGGGCCAGAAGUGUCCCAACCUGAAGCGCCUGUGCCUGCACGUGGCUGACCUGAGCAUGGUGCCUAUCACCAGCCUGCCCAGCACGCUGAGGACCCUGGAGCUGCACAGCUGCGAGAUUUCGAUGAUCUGGCUGCAGAAGGAGCAGGAUCCCACAGUGCUGCCGCUGCUGGAAUGCAUCGUGCUGGACCGAGUGCCAGCCUUCAGGGAUGAGCACCUGCAGGGUCUCACCCGCUUCCGAGCCUUGCGCUCGCUGGUGCUGGGCGGCACCUACCGGGUCACCGAGACCGGGCUGGAUGCCAGCCUCCAGGAGCUCAGCUACCUGCAGAGACUGGAGGUGCUGGGCUGUACCCUGUCAGCCGACAGCACCCUGCUGGCCAUCAGUCGCCACCUCCGAGAUGUGCGUAAAAUUCGGCUGACCGUUGGGGGCCUCUCAGCCCAAGGCCUGGUCUUCCUGGAGGGAAUGCCUGCCCUGGAGAGUUUGUGCUUCCAGGGACCCCUCAUCACCCCAGAAAUGCCUACACCUGCUCAGAUUGUGUCCUCUUGCCUCACCAUGCCUAAACUCAGAGUGCUUGAGGUGCAAGGGCUGGGCUGGGAGGGCCAGGAGGCAGAGAAGAUCCUAUGCAAGGGCCUGCCCCACUGCAUGGUUAUUGUUAGGGCCUGUCCCAAAGAAUCCAUGGAUUGGUGGAUGUGAAGGUACCACCCAUCCAUCCCUGGGAUCUAUCCUAGCUUUUAAACUUGACCUUCUCAGCAGCAAACUGAAGCAUGUACAUUAGUCAGGCUUGAGGAAACUGCAGGUCACAAGGAAAAGAAGCCAGGACCUUGGGGCCUGCAGAGCUGGGGUUUUCUGUCAUCUGGAUGACCUCAGCCUUGUCACCCAGCUUCUGGGAGGCCCAGUUCACACAUUUAGGAACAGGCAUCAUCGCUACCUCAUGAUUCAUUUGCAUAUCUUUGCCCUCCACCCUUUCCCUCAGUACCUGGGGAUCAUAUCCAUGGCCUUAGGUAUGUUAGGCCAGGACUGCUGUGCUCCUGAGCCACACUGGAGCCCUGGAAAGCCUUAGUCUCUAAAGGACCCCAGAAGACCACUAUAGAGAGGCCAUUUUUAGGGUGCAGGUGGGCAGAGUUUAGGGCUCUGAGGUCUGCCUGAUUGUCUGCCAGAUGCUUGGGAAAUGAGGUCGAGGGCAAGGAGACAAGCUGUUGAAUUGUCCUAGUGUUCAGAAGGAUUCUCAAUGGUAUUUUCUGUAUUUUGUAUCCUUCCUUUUCCAAGUUUUCUACAGUAUAUAGUAUUUUACUAUUAAAGAAAAAUAAUGUUUUUUUCAAA